AUGUUGCAAGACGAAUUAAAAGCUCUUUAUAUUGUGGGGCCAAGCAAUGAAAUCGCUCCAGAAAUUGGAAAAUUGUAUAAAGAAAAUGAGAAUUGCCUUGUAAUUGGUGAUGGAACAGCCAGUAAACCAUUAACUUUCGAAGAUAUUAAAAAUAAAUUAGAAGAAAAUAACUUUAUAAUUGGUCCAAAUACCCGUAUUGAUAUUCUUGCUCAUGGAGAACGAGUAGGAAAUAAACAUAGAAUGCAGCUUGAUAGCUUAGACGCUAAUUCUUGCUGUUAUACAGAGGAUUUUUUUAAGAAGCUAAGAGAGCUAGCUAACUAUCCUUUAUAUGUUCACUUAUGGUCGUGCUAUGGGGGAUCUGCUAAUAAAGAUACAACUGCUCUAGGCAAUGGUUCCAUUUUAGUAACUCAUGUAGAGGCUAAAGAGGUUACAGCUAUUUCUUUAGAAGAGCAUGCUUUACAAGCUUCAUUAAGCCGUUAUUUAGAACAAAAUAUAUUAACCCCUUAUCAACAAUUUAUUCUAGAUUUUCAAGAAAAUUUUGAAGCAAUGACCUUUAAUAAGGUAGCCGGUGAACAGACGCUUCAAUUUAAGUCUAAACGAAUACCUAAAGACCAGGUAAUGAUAGAUAUAAUGAAGUCAAUACAACAAGAAGACCAACUAGUAGAUUUUUUUAAAGAGUUUUUUGUCCAAGAAAUAGCAAGAUUUAAAAAAAUAUUUAAGAAGGAAGAUAUUACAGAUGCCUCUGAAAAAGUCAGUAAUAUAAAUCUCCAAAAAGUUACUAACUUAGGACAAGGUAUUUUACUCCACUUGUGUAAAAGUGGAAAGUAUAUACCACCUAGAUUGUUUAGUAGUUUUAUAGAUAAGUUACUAGAUAACGGUUUGGAUAUAAAUAAUUUUUUUACAGACAAUGCCCUAUAUCUUGCCACUGCAAAGGACAAAUAUGCUGCAGUAAAGCUACUGCUUGAGAAGGGGGCCGAUCCAACUGUUCCAAAUAAACAUGGGUAUAUACUCAAUUAACCUGAAGAGUUGGCGAAAUGGUUAAGAAGAAUGGUUUGGAAUUGGUCAGUAAUGAGAGUACGUAAUUGAUAUUUGUACUUAUCAAUAUUACCAAAAAAUCUAUCUAUCGCCUCUGAAAAUUGCGCAAAAUUAUCAUAAAAUUUAUUAUUUGUUACCAUCCUAUGCAUAAACUUCCAUAAUCGUUCAAUAGGAUUAAGAUUAGGACUGUAUGGAGGUAAAAAUAUUAAUUCUAUUUUUCUAUUUACCAGGUGCUCCUUUACUUUCUUUGACUUAUGAUACCCAGCAUUAUCACAAAUCAAAUAUAUCUUCUCUUUAUUAGCGUUUUCUGCCUCCAAUUUGUGUAGAAAAUUGAUUAUAUAAUCACCGUUUACCUUAGGGUUAUCUGUGCUAACUAAUUGUAAAUCAGCUAAAUUAAUCGCCCCUAUUAAAUGCUUCCUUUUCCAGCCACUAAAUGUUGGUAACGUUUUAUCUUGAUUCUUUCUUAUCCAACCACAACGGGCUUUUGUUUGAUACUGAGGAUGAACGCUAUCCAUAAAAUAUAUAGCUUCUUUAGACUUAAGAUUCCCUUUUAACAAACUAUAUUCUAACUUAAAUAAUUCUUGCUUAUCUAUAUCAAGUUUGCCUGGUACAACCUUGGGCUUUUUAUAUACAAAACCUAAUCUGCUCAAUAGCUUCGUUACUUCUGCUAUUGUAUAGCUAACACCGUAUUUUUCUUCUAUGUAAUUGCUGAUAUCUUUUGCAUAAACAUAAUUAUAUACUUCUAAAUGUUCUAUUAAUUCUUUUUCUUCCAAAGCACUUAGCUUACUUGUACUACCGCCGUUAGCUGUCUCUAAUUUAUUAAAUCUUUGAUAAUCUCUUAAGUGUUUUCUAAUCGCUUCUUCACUUAAUAAUAAUGCUUCCGCUAUUUCUUCAUAGCUCCAACCUUUAUCAUACAGCAAAACUGCCUUGAUUCGAUCGCACACUCUUCUAUCUCGCUCAUUACCAUGACGUGAUUUCAGUGCUACUCGCUGCUCAGUUGUUAAUAUAUUCCUCAUAACUUUAUUCUAGCUGCUUUCCUCCUCCCUGGCAACUCUUCAUUUACGAGCUGUAUACUCCAUUAGAUAUUACUCCUACAAAUGGAAACCCUAACAUUGUAAGACUACUACACAAAGCGAUGAUAAAGUUAAAUAAUCGAAAUAACGUCUAUAAUACUUUAGUAUAUUCUGAUAAUAGCAAAAAAGAAGAAGAGAAAGUGACAGAUAUGAUGAUCGAAGAAUUAAAAAAACUAUAUAUUCAAAAUGCUACCCCUCAACGAAAACGUAAGCUUGAUUCUACAAAAAAUCCUAUAGCUAAAAAGGCAAGAGUAGAAGAUCAAGAUAAACAAGCACGACUUAAGUAUAUCUCAACAAAUAUUGCCCUAGCUGAUAUUACUGCACAAGUAAAAAAAUUAAAACGUUAUAAUAUUAGGCCUAUUAUGGAUUCUGCACCAAGCGCAACCUCGAUAGUUAUUAAUCAAACGAAGUUUAAAGAGAGAGAAAGGGGUUUUUGAAGCACUAGACACAGCGCAGCUGGCUAAUAAUCCACUUUAAGAAAAUACAGACCGCAGGCGGGGGCUUUAAUGCCCGCAGCUUCUCGUUUUUUAGCGUCUAGUGCUCUUUUUAUAUCUUCUUCUUGCCAUAUAUUACGUCCUACUAAAACUAAACUGCCAACAAUAUUUCGCACCAUGUUAUGUAAAAAUGAGGGAGCUGAAAAAUAUAAUUUUAUUUCGUCAUUUUCGUGGGUAAUUACUAGGUUGGUUAAAGUUUUUACUGGUGAUUUUGCUUGACAAUCUUUGGACCUAAAUGAACUAAAAUCAUGGAGCCCUAUAAGGUAGGUAGCACUUUUUCUCAUGGAGCAUAUAUUUAUAGGAUGCUUUAUCCACCAGGAACGGUUAAAAUCUAUUAUGACUUGCCCAGUUCUGUUUAUAAUUCUAUAUACAUAAUGCCGCGCUAUAGCCGAGAACCUUGCAUGAAAGUUCUCAUCCACUAUCUCACAUUUAGUAAUUCCUAUAUUAUGAGUGCGCACAAAAUGAUUAAUUGCUUGCAUAACUUUAUAAGUAGGCAUUAAUUUUGUUAAAUCAAAAUGUGCUACUUGUCCUAUCGCAUGUACCCCUGCAUCAGUUCUGCCAGCAGCAUGUAGGAUAACGUUUUCACCGGUAAAUUUAUAAACACUUUCUUCUAAUAUUUGUUGAAUUGAGGUAAUAUUGGCUUGCCUUUGCCAACCAGCAAAUCCAGUCCCUAAAUAUUCUAUGGUGAUUUUAUAUCUGUGGGAAUUUAUAUUUAUCAUUUUUAGUAUAUUAACUUAGUUUCUGUGAACAUUUUUCUUUAAUGGUCGAUUUCGUCGUUAUUUUCGUCCUCGAAUCCUUACGUACAUUUAGUGCGCUGCGGUUCUGUGAGCGAAAAUGCCUAUAAAUCUACUUAUUACAGAGAAAUAUUCACAGAAAAUAGAUGACUAGUUAUAAAAUAAUUAGUAAUUAAGUCAAUCAGGUUAAUUUUUAUCAAAAUUGAAUUAUAGCCUUACCCUGCAUAGGCAGAAUCAGAGGAAUUAUUGUGUUUUUUAGAACCUCCUUGGAAACUACGAAGUUUUUUAGAUCUAGUAGGAUGUUUUAGCUUACGUAAAGCUUUAGAUUCUAUUUGUCUGAUUCGUUCUCUCGUAACAUUGAAUUGCUGCCCCACUUCUUCUAGGGUAUGAUCAGUCGACAUCCCUAUCCCAAACCUCAUUCUUAACACUCUUUCUUCCCUAGGGGUAAGGCUUGCUAAAACCCUAGUAGUGACUUCACGUAGGUUUGAUUGGAUUGCAGCAUCUAAGGGUAAUACAGCGUUUUUAUCUUCAAUAAAAUCUCCUAGAUAGCUUCCAUCAUCAUCUCCUACUGGGUUUUCUAAGCUGAUUGGUUCUUUAGCUAUCUUCAUUACCUUCCUAACUUUAUCCACUGGCAUAGAAAGGCGUGCCGCAAUUUCGGCUGCGGUUGGUUCGUACCCUAGCUCAUUAAGCAUUUGCCUUGAAGUGCGAAUAAUCUUAUUGAUAGUCUCAAUCAUAUGUACAGGAAUACGUAUGGUCCUUGCUUGAUCUGCAAUAGCCCUGGUAAUGGCCUGCCUGAUCCACCAAGUAGCGUAAGUAGAAAAUUUAUAACCUCUUCGAUAUUCAAAUUUAUCUACAGCUUUCAUUAAUCCAAUAUUUCCUUCUUGAAUUAGGUCUAGAAAUUGGAGACCUCUAUUGGCAUAUUUUUUUGCAAUUGAAAUUACUAGCCGUAAAUUAGCUUCAAUCAUUUCUUUCUUUGCUCUAUGUGCCUGCCUAUCAUAGAGUUUAAAAAAUUAGUAAAUACUAUUCAAAAAGGCGAAAGGCAGGCACCUAGAGCAAAGAAAGAACUGAUUAAACCCAAUU